AUGGCGGCGUGGCUGCUGCCGCUGCUAGUGCUGCCGCUGGGCUGGGUCCGGCCCGGCGCCUGCACCGAUCCUCCGGGCGGCGGCUGGUUGGCGGGCACGGUGCCGGAGGAGCCACGCUGCACCGUGGAGCGAGCCGAUGCAUCCCUCACCUACUCCCUCUUCCUGCAGCGGUUCGCCUUCUCCCGGCCGGUGAUCCUCGCUGGGGUCACGGACAAUUCGGCGUUCCGAGCCCUCUGCACCCGGGAGAAGCUGCUGGCGGCCUUCGGGCCCUUCCCGGUGCGGCUCAGCACGGCCAACACCUACUCGUACCGCAAAGUGGAUGUGCCGUUCCAGGAGUACGUGGAGCAGCUGCUGAAGCCGCAGGACCCGGCCCGGCUGGGCAGCGACACCCUCUACUUCUUCGGGGACAACAACUUCACCGAGUGGGGCCCCCUCUUCCAGCACUACGUGCCCCCUCCCUUCCGCAUCCCGGGCACCAACCCCGCCUACAGCUUUGGGAUUGCAGGCUCAGGCUCUGGCGUUCCCUUCCACUGGCACGGCCCUGGUUUCUCCGAGGUGAUUUUCGGCAGGAAGCGCUGGUUUCUGUACCCGCCGGAUAAAACCCCGCACUUCCACCCCAACGAGACGACGCUGGCCUGGCUCCAGCACACAUAUCCCACCCUGCCACCAGCCCAGCGCCCGCUGGAGUGCACCCUGCGCCCUGGGGAGGUCCUGUACUUCCCUGACCGUUGGUGGCACGCCACACUCAACCUGGACACCAGCGUCUUCAUCUCCACCUUCCUGGGCUAGGACUGGGACACGUCACCACCAUCCCAGCCAGGGCAGGAGCUCCAGCUCCUGCCACCCUCAGGGAAAGGCAACUGAUAUUGGGACCAACUGCCUGAGAAAGUUCUGGUUUUUACUGGUCUUUACCCUCCCGUUUGGAUUAAAGCUGUUCCACUGAA